CUUUUUUUUAAGUUUGAAGUUUCAAUUUCAUUCUUAAUAUCAAUUUGGAGUAUGGUAGUAGUUUCUCCUUGGAUUUGAUUAUGCAAUAAUGCAUAACUAAAUCCAGUUGACAUGGAAAAAAAUUUAUGUUGCAUAAUGAAUGCAAGUGGUCACUCUGAUUAUCCCAUCAAACAGAGUAGUGAGGAAAUUAUUAGGUUUUAUAAUAGGGACAGAGAAGGACAAUCAGAACCUUGAGGGGGAAAGUAGUCUAUUCUGUCUUGUGAUAUUAAGUUAAUGUGAGUUUCUGGUCUGUGUAGAAAUACAGGCUUAUUCUCUUAAGGUAACGACAAAAAAAUUAAAAGCCUCAAGCAAUGAAAACAACAGAUGCAAACUCAGGUUUGUUUUGACCCCUCAGUUUUGUUUCACCCUGGGCUGAAACAGAUGCUGCAAAUAGGAAUCGAGAUCAGGGAAGCCAGAAGUCAGAAGAGUGUGUGUAGGAGAAAAAUCAUUAUAACUUCCCCUCAUAAGACAGAGCUGGACAGAAAAAUCACCUGGAGAAACUGGGAGCCUUUGUUGACACUUUGCUGCAGUUUUUCCCAUGUUAAUUCCUUUGUACCAAUACCCUUCAGGGCUCUGCAGGGUCCCACCACAACAUACAUUCUGAGAAUUUGUUUGAGGCAUGUAAAUAUAAUAGAAGUCAUAGUUCGAAAUUAAGUUGGAGCAUGAAGAUUGGGGUAUGAUUGCUAAGAAAAAAGCACAUAUUAAGUUCCUGAAGUGAGAUAAUCACAGGCUUGUGAUUAUUCACUGAAAAACUAUUUACUGAGCCCCUACUAUCUGGGCUAGGUGAUGGGAUACCACAGUGAGCCCUACAAAUAGAAGCCCUGUGCUACCAGAGCUUACUGCUUACUGUGCAGAGAAAAGUGAUAAACAACAUAAGUAUAUAGUACAUUAAACGGAGACAGAUUCUGCAGGAAAAACAAAACCAGAGCAAUUCUUCAAAAUUAAAUUCCCAAAGGAUAACAUUUUCCAACUCUAUCAAAGCUAGCAAAGAGAGGAGAUUGGUAUUUAUAAAAAUAUAACACAUACCACAUCAGAAAUUCCUUCAUGUUUCUAUUAACCCUGUUGAUAUACUAAAUAUAUUCACUAUCUCUACAACCAUUAGAGAAGAAAGUAAAGAUGAAGUAGCUUGGGAAAGGGAGCAGUUCUUUAACCCUGAAGUGAAAUGAAAAAUAUGCCCUUAUGUUUUGUUAGUGAGUUGACAGUUCAUGAUCAGGAAGACAAUGAGCACCUGCAAUAGGGAGGCUGGAAGUUAUUUUUAAAAAGAAUGUCUUUGAUUACUUCCAAUUCUAUUCAUCUCCAGUUGGACAAUCAAGUAGAAGUCAUUUGAAGAGAUGUUUUGUAGUUAUGUGGAUGUGGGUUUGCAUAUGUGGGUGUUUUCGAACAUAUAAACUUUAUAUUUUAAUGAAUUCAGUCAUCUUCAUAAAAAACUAAAUUGUCCCAACUUUAAAUGGAAAUAUUCUGGAAGGAAGGUAUUAAAUGAGUUCUUUUAUAUGGGAGAUAGACUGAGGCUGCAUUGAGUUAUUUAUUUUAAAUAACUUUUAAAAUUUUACCAAGUGCAGGUCUUUAAGUCCAACAUUGGCCCGAGUCUUCAGCAAAAACAGCUUAACAAACUCAUUUAUAUUUUUUCCUCUCCUAGGGCUCCAGUUUGUGUUUUCAGCUGCCUACUAGACCUCACUACCUGGAUGGCCCACAGGUACUGCAAACUCAGUGUUUAAAAUAACACACUCAUUAGCCCCCUUCAUCAUUGACCCUGUGGCCAAAGCUAGGGAAUUUUUCAAAUUGAGACUAAUUGCAGAGGUUCCAGUUGACCAGCAUUCAUAGGAUGAAGGUGAAGAUCCUUUGACUUCUUAGGUAAACCAAUCAGCCAUAGAUUCAGUCUUUUUAUAUAAUCCCAUAUUUCUUGGAGGCUUUGUUCAUUCAGAAAGGCCAUCUUCCAACUUUGAGAUUCUUUCGUCCACUUGGUCUCUGCUGUCUGCCUGUCAUUUGAAAGAAUGAAGACAAACACAGAGAUGGUGUGUCUAAGAAACUUCAAAAGGUGUAGACCUCCUGACUGAAGCAUAUUGGAUUUAUUUAAUUUUUUUCAUUAUAUUUCUGUCCUCCUACAAGGGAAAGUCAUGAUUACACUAACUGAGCUAAAAUGCUUAGCAGAUGCCCAGUCAUCUUAUCACAUCUUAAAACCAUGGUGGGACGUCUUCUGGUAUUACAUCACACUGAUCAUGCUGCUGGUGGCCGUGCUGGCCGGAGCCCUCCAGCUGACGCAGAGCAGGGUUCUGUGCUGUCUUCCAUGCAAAGUGGAAUUUGACAAUCACUGUGCCGUGCCUUGGGACAUCUUGAAAGCCAGCAUGAACACAUCCUCUAAUCCUGGGACACCACUUCCGCUCCCCCUCCGAAUUCAGAAUGACCUCCACCGACAGCAGUACUCCUAUAUCGAUGCCGUCUGUUACGAGAAACAGCUCCAUUGGUUUGCAAAGUUUUUCCCCUAUCUGGUGCUCUUGCACACGCUCAUCUUUGCAGCCUGCAGCAACUUUUGGCUUCACUACCCCAGUACCAGUUCCAGGCUCGAGCAUUUUGUGGCCAUCCUUCACAAGUGCUUCGAUUCUCCAUGGACCACCCGCGCCCUGUCAGAAACAGUGGCUGAGCAGUCAGUGAGGCCUCUGAAACUCUCCAAGUCCAAGAUUUUGCUUUCGUCCUCAGGGUGUUCAGCUGACAUCGAUUCCGGCAAACAGUCAAUGCCCUACCCGCAGCCAGGUUUGGAGUCGGCUGGCAUAGAAAGCCCAACUUCCAGCGUCCUGGACAAGAAGGAGGGUGAACAGGCCAAAGCCAUCUUUGAAAAAGUGAAGAGGUUCCGCCUGCACGUGGAGCAGAAGGACAUCAUUUAUAGGGUGUAUCUGAAACAGAUAAUCGUCAAAGUCAUUUUAUUUGUGCUCAUCAUAACUUACGUUCCAUAUUUUUUAACCUACAUCACUCUUGAAAUUGACUGUUCAGUUGAUGUGCAGGCUUUUACAGGAUAUAAGCGCUACCAGUGUGUCUAUUCCUUGGCAGAAAUCUUUAAGGUCCUGGCUUCAUUUUAUGUCAUUUUGGUUAUACUUUACGGUCUGACCUCUUCCUACAGCCUGUGGUGGAUGCUGAGGAGUUCCCUGAAGCAAUAUUCCUUUGAGGCGUUAAGAGAAAAAAGCAACUACAGUGACAUCCCUGAUGUCAAGAAUGACUUUGCCUUCAUCCUUCAUCUGGCUGAUCAGUAUGAUCCUCUUUAUUCCAAACGCUUCUCCAUAUUCCUAUCAGAGGUCAGUGAGAACAAACUGAAACAGAUCAACCUCAAUAAUGAAUGGACAGUUGAGAAACUGAAAAGUAAGCUUGUGAAAAAUGCCCAGGACAAGAUAGAACUGCAUCUUUUUAUGCUCAAUGGUCUUCCAGACAAUGUCUUUGAAUUAACUGAAAUGGAAGUGCUAAGCCUGGAGCUUAUCCCAGAAGUGAAGCUGCCCUCUGCAGUCUCACAGCUGGUCAACCUCAAGGAGCUUCGUGUGUACCAUUCAUCUCUGGUUGUAGACCAUCCUGCACUGGCCUUUCUAGAGGAGAAUUUAAAAAUCCUCCGCCUGAAAUUUACUGAAAUGGGAAAAAUCCCACGCUGGGUAUUUCACCUCAAGAAUCUCAAGGAACUUUAUCUUUCGGGCUGUGUUCUCCCUGAACAGUUGAGUACUAUGCAGUUGGAGGGCUUUCAGGACUUAAAAAAUCUAAGGACCCUCUACUUGAAGAGCAGCCUCUCCCGGAUCCCACAAGUUGUUACAGACCUCCUGCCUUCAUUGCAGAAACUGUCCCUUGAUAAUGAGGGAAGCAAACUGGUUGUGUUGAACAACUUGAAAAAGAUGGUCAAUCUGAAAAGCCUAGAACUGAUCAGCUGUGACCUGGAACGCAUUCCACACUCCAUUUUCAGCCUGAAUAAUUUGCAUGAGUUAGACUUAAGGGAAAAUAACCUUAAAACUGUGGAAGAGAUCAUUAGCUUUCAGCAUCUUCAGAAUCUUUCCUGCUUAAAGCUGUGGCACAAUAACAUUGCUUAUAUUCCUGCACAGAUUGGGGCAUUAUCUAACCUAGAGCAGCUCUCUUUGGACCAUAAUAAUAUUGAGAAUCUGCCCUUGCAGCUUUUCCUAUGCACCAAACUACAUUAUUUGGAUCUAAGUUAUAACCACUUGACCUUCAUUCCAGAAGAAAUCCAGUAUUUGAGUAAUUUACAGUACUUUGCUGUGACCAACAACAAUAUUGAGAUGCUACCAGAUGGGCUGUUUCAGUGCAAAAAGCUGCAAUGUUUACUUUUGGGGAAAAAUAGCUUGAUGAAUUUGUCCCCUCACGUGGGUGAGCUGUCAAACCUUACUCAUCUGGAGCUCAUUGGUAAUUACCUGGAAACACUUCCUCCUGAACUGGAAGGAUGUCAGUCCCUAAAACGGAGCUGUCUGAUUGUUGAGGAGAACUUGCUCAAUACUCUUCCUCUCCCUGUAACAGAACGUUUACAGACGUGCUUAGACAAAUGUUGACUUAAAAGAGACCCAUGUUUCAAAAUCAUUUUUAAAAGUAUGCUUGGCUGGGCAUGGUGGCUCAUGCCUAUAAUCCCAGCACUUUGGGAGGCCAAGAUGGGCGGAUUGCUUGAGGUCAGGAGUUCAAGACCAGUCUGGCCAACCUGGUGAAACCCCAUCUCUGCUAAAAAUACAAAAAAAUUAGCCAGGCGUAGUGGCGUGUGCCUGUAAUCCCAGCUACUUGGGAGGCUGAGGCAGGGGAAUUGCUUGAACCAGGGAGGUGGAGGUUGCAGUGAGCCAAGAUUGUGCCACUGUACACCAGCCUGGGUGACAGAGCAAGACUAUCUCAAAAAAAAAAAAAAAAAAAAAAUGCUCCAGGGCUUUAAAUGAGAAGUAAAAUUUUCUAAGUUAAUAAAGAUGAAGAAUGGGUGACUAUUAUGAUGAACCAUAACUAAAUGUCUUAUUAAAGCAACUCAGUGUCUAGCCCUAAAUUAACCAGGUAAAAACUGUUAACACUAACCUGAAGUUUUGUGAAUAACUGUUCUUUAACUUACUGAUAUGUUGCAAGAAAUGCACAUCCAGGGUGGACUGGGAGCUAUGAAAUGACUAAAUUCCUCCUUGCAGUGUUUACCUUCAAGAUUGUAUAGGUAUUCUCUCCUCUUCUUCCCCCAGUCCCCAUUACUUAUUUGCACACUUGUUUUAACUGACUUCCUGUUUUGAUAUUUAUCACCAAGACCAGAAACUCAUCAAUAUGAAUUUUCUUGAUGUAUACUCACCACUGUCUUUAUGUUCCUAAAUUUUUUUAGAUAGGGUGUGGCAGAAUUCUUUUUUGUCUUAAUUUUUACUUCCUUUCCCAGCUUGCUUGAGUCUUCCUUAACCUGGUUUUCUCUUAACACCAAUGAUGAACCCUGAGAAAAUACCUGCAUUUGGCCUUUGCGUAGAACAGGAGCUGAGUAUUUAAGACGUAUUAUCCUCGGGGCAUCCUGAAAAUUAAUGUAUUCCCUAAAAUUUCUUCUUGUCUAUCAAGGCCUUUUUUUAUUUGUUAAGAAUUUUUAUAUUAAAUGUAAAACAUAUAAAUAUUUUCUAUUGUAUAAUCUUGGAUUCAACAUCUGUGAGGAUCAUUUUUGUAAGAUACAUAGAAUUUAUGCAUUUCUUUAUGAACUUAGUGUUCCUGGUUUCGGCUGUUUAUGACUCUCAUGUUUAUGUACAUUCUGCUCCAAAAUGUUUUUGUACUCUGCAACUAAUUACUUUUGGAUAACAAAAGCCUGUGUUUAAUGCCCUAAAGUAUUUGGGGGUUUCCUUGUGAGAGAGUGGCCAAAUCAUCUACCUCUCUCUUCCCUAGUUGCUGUGCAGUCGUACGGGUACAAUUCUUAAUUAAUUACAAAAACUGUGAUAGAGGGGAGAGGUACAGAUUUGGUUUUUAAAUUGAUUUUAAAAUACUUUAUAGAAAUUUAGUGAGAGUUAAAGCAAAAGACUUUUUUUCCCUCCAUCUGUGUAAUCUCUAGCUAUGAUUAUAAUGUAAAACAGCCUCUAUUCAGUGUCUAAAAUGAGUUCUCAAAACCCACAAAGAAAUAGAUCCAUUUAACUGAAAUUCAUCUCAUGCCUUUAUCUAACUCUUCUGGAAAAUACAUUUUGCUCCUUUUUAUAAAGAGCUUUGUGUUUGGCCUUUUAUUAUGCAUAUUUUUAAUGAAUAAAAUCAACUGACUCAUUUUUGGGAAAUAUACAUCUUUAAUGUGUUUUUCCCUAAGGUUCUAGGCGUUAUGGUGCCACCUCUUUUUGGAUAUAACUAUAAAGAAAUCUAUUAACUGCACCUACACAAAACUGGAAAACACUGUAGGUAAACAGUACUGUGUAUAUGGAAUUGUGGUGCAUGGGAUGUGUUUUCUCUUGCUUUGUUCCAGAAAGAUGAAAGUGAGUCUUUAAAGCAUAGCAAAUAGAGCUUUCCCUCAACUGCCACACACUCCUGCACUAAAGUUCAGAUAAAAGAAUUAUUCAAAUCAAAUGAAAUUUGAAUAAUAUUAGCUAUCAGGAAUAUAGGACACCAAACACACCACCUCGCACAUUAUUGUUCAUUCUGGACGGAAAGGAACAGUGUAAAAAUAAACUACUUACCAAAACUUGCCUUUAGUCAGAACAUUUAGCUCUCAGGGAAGCAGGUAUAACUGAUGAAACUUCUAGGACUUCAGAAAACAGAUUCUAAUUAUAUCCAUGUUUUUUGUUGUUAUUUUCAUUUUUUAAGUGUGAGUUGAUGUUUAUUUUAGUGUUUCAAAAUAAAAUUAUCAUGUAUACUGAUUCCAGUGUGGCAUAUGAUUAGGUUUUGGACAUGAAUAUGCCAAAAGUGCUUAAAUGUUUUUGGCCACAUAACUAGCUAGAAUUUCAAAACAAAAUUCAGAUUUGCCACCAUUCACCUGACGAACUUCUCCAUGGCUCGUCACUGGUUUGGUUCAACUGCAAAAGUCAUUGGCUAAAUUAUCCUUAUCACCUACGUAAAUUUCUAGAGGAAUUUACUAGCAGGAUUAAUAAUGAAUAUUAUAAACUGCUUUCCACACACUAGGGUAUAAUUAUUGGUGCAAUCUAUGUUGUUCUUGAUGCCAUGGUUUUACAUCUUUUAAUUUAAACCUUAUACACCAGUGUUUAGGUCGCUUUUGAGACAAGGUAGCCCUGAUACAAGGAACAAUGAGGCUACUACUUCACAUAAAAAAUAGGGUGUUAAUACCACCUUUACUGUACUGUUGGAGCAGAUCUUUAUUUUACAAGUAUUCAUAUUCACGUAAGAGAAUUUUAAAUGAAGAAAAUUAAGUUUGUUAAAUUAUAAUUAUGAGACUUUCAUUGGCAUUGGAUUUCAAGAAUACAUAUGCAUUUUCCAAAAAAUAAAUGCGGAGGUUAUUCAGAACAAAAUUCAUAGCUUAUGGUAGUAAUAGCAUGGAUUAAUUUUAUUUGCAUGCACACACAGACAUACAUACUUCAUGUAUGCAAAUUAUAACAUUAGUUUUUGAUAUAUCUAGUGUUUUUUUCCCAAAAUUGCAGGAGGUUGUAGAUUAAAUAAGUAUGAUAGCAAGUUUUUUAAUUCAUUAAUCAUGAAGUGCUCUAUUCCCUAAGUUAUGACAUUUAAAAGAAAUCACAUGCUCAACCUUGAUCUGAGAACCUAAGUGUUUUUGAGCAUUCCGGUAAGGGAGUAGUGUUCUUUUCCUAACUUACAUCAGGGUACAUCUGUGUGGCACAUCGAUACUAUAUUUUCAUUCUUCACUGCCAGUCUUAAUUUCUUUCCCCUGUAUGUCACUGUAUUUUAUGUCACUUCACAUUAUGUUAAAUAGGGUAAAUAGAGAUCCUCAGUAUCUCAGUGCUGUGGCAUAGCUCCAGUAGGUGUGCUGUGGUGCACUGCAGUGAUGUAUUUGCAUAACAUUGUUUGAUAGUGAAAAAUUUUUUUUCGGUUCAAGUGUUUUGUGAUUAAAAUUUUAUGUUUAAUUAAAAUAUUGCAUAAUAUUGAUGGGUUCAAAAACCAUUAAAAUAAUCAAACAAUUAUUCUGUGGCCUUAAUAUAUUUUCUUGUGUUUUCAAUAAAAUUUUCUUUUCAUCUUUCCAUCUUCACAUUCUCUUAGCAUCAUCCUAUGCACAUAAGAUAUGUUGUUUUUCUUCUCCACUCGCCUACCGCACUAAAUUUGAUCAGCACUUGUACAGUAACAGAAUAUAUUUGUGCCAGAAGAUUUGCAAUGAUAUUUGAGCAUGUAUUUAUUUAGGAGGAAGCCAGUGCCUGUAAUUAUGUCUCAUUGAGUAGUUUUACUUUGCCCAUCCUGCAGUAUUUAGAGCUGAUCUCUACCCAAAGCAGGACAAUGUAACUGUAGAUCCACUUUGUUUUCAGUAACCGUACAUUGCAUCAGAAUCUGUUUAUUUCUAUCUGGAAACAGACAGAAUGGUGGGGGAGGGAAGGAGUUAUUUUGCAUCCUAGUUUGUAUUAUGAAGUCAUCAUAUAUAUAUUUGAAAUCGUAUAAACUAAUUACUGUUGCAGAAUUUCCUCGAUAUAAUUAUUUCUUUUCAGCUGGAUGUGAAAAGCUGAAGCAGUGAAAACCUGCAGUCCUAUUUCAUUGGUUUCCUUCUGUUUCUUGUCCAUCACUUCUGUAUCCACAGGGAGCUAUCUACUACAUACCUUUGGUAACAGGCUACAUUCUCUUCAGAUUUUUUAUAUGAAUAAUUUCAUCAGCACUAAAGCAUUAACAUAGAAUAAUGAGCCAAAGUACUGAGUCGAGAUGGCUUUCAGUUGAGUUUAAUUUCAUAUUUAACUUUUGCACUUGACUUGUAUAAUACACUACUGCUGAGAAAAACAAUUAUGAAUGCCUUCUGCAUGUUGUACAUUAUCUCUAACAGAGAUAGUGCAAUUUUAAGAAUACAAAGGGGUAUAGAGUUAGAAUGGAUGUGUUCGUGCAUAUAUGUGUUGUGUUUAAAGAUUAACGUUUACAAGAAGAUUUUUUUAAAAUUCUUCAAAUACUUCACUUAGUGAAAUAAUGGGCCAAUCUGGAAUAGAGACAUUUUCUUUGGUUAGUGCAAGAGUGAAAGCUAGCGUUUGUUAACCUUCUCAUACUUAUCUGUGUACAAUUGCUUUUGCUUCUGGUAAUGAAUUAUUAGAAAAUGGAAGAUUUUGUUCAAUGUUUUUGGCCCUCAGGUUUACCGUGUAAAUCUGCAUUUUUGGUGGUAAAUCCCUUUGCCACAGAUUCAGUAGCUUUUGGUAAACUUCACUGUUUUUAAAGUACCUUUUGUGUAAAAUAAAGAUCCAAUUUUUAUAACAAAUGGCAAAUAAAAACAGUAAAUGCUGGAA